AUGGAUUUACUUCAACAAUGCCAAACCCAAUCAUUUUUCCAAUUACCAACAGAAAGUUGGGUUUAUGUUUGGCUACUUGCUAUUAAAGAUUUUUAUAAACCUAUACAUACGUACCUGUCAAUAGUUUUGUGUGCGUUGGGAGCAAUUUGUAAUUUUUGUAAUAUUGUUGUGCUUACAAGGAGAAAGAUGAGAACACCUGUAAAUAUGAUUUUGACAGCUAUGGCUUGUUGCGAUACUGUUGUAUUAUUUUCUAACCUUACUUAUACAACACAUUACACUUUUGGUAUGAAAAUUUUUUGA